GCCAGUGGAUAGCGUCGCUGUUGCCCCAGCUCAAGCUGCGGGCCCGGUCGAUGCUGGUAGUGAAAAGCCGACGACCGAUGUGUCGAUGCUGGCGGGCCCUCACACCUGUGAGGUCAGAGAAGAGACCGUCGGUGUCGGUGCUGCAUCUGUCAGUCCUGAUGCCAAAGCCGAGGGCAGGACUGCCGAGCGGUCCGACCCGGAGGCCAGUCAGCCCACUUCAGCGGAAGAAAGUCUCGCCACGGGCGCGCCGACGCUGGAAGUCUCCCAACUAAACGCCUCGGGCGAAGCCCCAGAGGCGGGCGAGCCACCACCAGUCCGCUCGGAGUCCGGCAGCACUGGCCCAGUCUGCUCGGAGUCCGGCAGCACUGGCGAAGCCUCGAAGACUGUCAGCCUGACAGCCGUCAUCGAGACGACGGACGGAGCUGACGGGCACCUUGGAGUGGACGACUCGGGCACUGUGGCUGUCGGCCGGACAGCCGUCAUCGAGGCGACGGAAGGGGCUGACGGGCACCUUGGAGUGGUCGACUCGGGCACUGUGGUCCGGACAGGCAGUACCUCAGGGGACCGUCUCGUGGCAGACGCUGCUGGGGAAGCGCGAGAGAAGAAUUAUCCCACACUAGGCGACCUUAGUGCUGAUGAAGCUCGAGAAAAUACGCGGUCGGAAACGGUGCAAUUGACCGCCGAGGCGGCUGUGAAGGAUGGGCAGGCAUCGGCUAAAACGUAUGCGUCAGUCCUCAGCUCUGGCCUGGGCCCGGCGAGCUCGACUGCGUCAGUCCCCAGCUCUGGUGUGGACUCGGCGAGCUCGACGCCCACCGUUUCGCAGGCCGCUGAAGUUGAGGAAAACCCUUUGUCUGGCAUUUUAUCAUCGUCGAACAGCGGACCUGACAGUGAGGAAGGUGAGCCUGUGAUGAAGCCCGAUGCGACAUCAGUCGGCAGCGGCAUCCGUAGCGCUGCGACCAAGGUGACGGACAUCUCGACGGUGGCCGAGAAAGCUGCCGGCCUGGACGAGGAGAGACACACUGAGGCCGUCGCUGUACCGGUCGCCGGUGGGACAGAAGUCGCCGAGCGGGAGGGGGUGGAUACUGAUCCCAUUCCAGUCAGGUCCGGCGUUCACGGCUCUGACUCCGGGGAGGCUGCUGCGUGUCAGCGUUCGAUAACAGAAAUUCCGGAAGCUGCCUCAUCCGAUCAGCAACUCGAGGUUGGAUGUCCAUCAUCGACAGACGUUUCUGCUGGUACAUGCAAACCAAACCCGACGGCUGAAGGCUCCCAGGCAGGUGAUCCUGACCUUAACGAAGCCGCCCGGCAGCUCAGGGCUGGCGGCGUAAUGCCCGCGGCUUUGGACAGCAGCGCACCCCAGGAAAAGAUGUCAGGCAGUGACUCAACGGACCCCGGAGAGGCCGCCAAAACCGAGGAAAAGGAUGGAGACGGCGACCCGCCAGCCGCCAGUCCCAGUACCGCUGCCAACGAGGAAAAGUCGGCGAUGGACGAGUGCAGAGGCAUGCCACCUGGCGCUGACCCCGGUGAGAACACACCCACAACCGGCCACGUGACGUCGGACAAGCCGGAAGGGGACUCGGCUGACCCAGAAACCGUCACGGUCGACCACAGGCCGGCCAGCUCAGCGGUGCCGCCAGCCGGGCCGUCCGUGGACCCGAUCGACGCCGUGUCCGUCGGCCCUAUGUCUGCGGCUGUAGGCUCGCCGGAUCCAGUCGACCCGGCGCGCGAUAGUCAGGUGACAGUUUGUCGAAACAGCGUGGAUAACGCGGCGUCAGUCUGUCCAGAGGCCACUGAUACCCCGGCGUCAGUCUGUCCAGAGGCCACUGACACCCCGGCGUCGGUCUGUCCAGAGGCCACUGAUACCCCGGCGUCAGUCUGUCCAGAGGCCACUGAUACCCCGGCGUCAGACUGUCCAGAGGCCACUGAUACCCCGGCGUCAGUCUGUCCAGAGGCCACUGAUACCCCGGCGUCAGACUGUCCAGAGGCCACUGAUACCCCGGCGUCAGUCUGUCCAGAGGCCACUGAUACCCCGGCGUCAGUCUGUCCAGAGGCCACUGAUACCCCGGCGUCAGUCUGUCCAGAGGCCACUGAUACCCCGGUAUCAGUCCAUCCAGAGGUCACUGACACCCCGGCGUCAGCCCAUCCAGACGUUACGGACACCCCAGAGUCAGUCCGUACAGAGGUCACUGAUACCCCGGCGCCAGUCUGCCCAGACGCCACUGACACCCAGGCGUCAGUCUGCCCAGACAUCACCGACACCCCGACGUCAGUCCAUUCAGGCGUCACGGAUACCCCGGUGUCAGUCUGCCCAGACAUCAGCGACACCCCAGCGUCAGUCUGUCCAGACGUCACGGACACCCCGGCAUCAGUGUGUCCAGACAUCAAUGGUGCCCCAGCGUCAGUCAUUCCAGACGUCACAGACACCCCGGCAUCAGUGUGUCCAGACGUUACGGGCACACCAGCGUCAGCCUGUCCAGACGUCAGCGACACCCCCAGCGUCAGCCUGUCCAGACGGCCCUGCCGCACCUGA